GUUCCUUGAUCUCCAUAGCUGCCAUUACAGAAAACUAUGGAUUGUUCACACUGCUUCCAUUUCUUGGCUUUCCUCAUUCUUCUGUCUUCUGCUAUUGAUGGAAUUCAAGGCAAUGCUAUGGUCAGUGGCACUGUAUUUUGUGACCAAUGCAAAGAUGGCCAAAUAUCUCUCUUCGACUAUCCCAUUUAUGGAGUAAGAGUUAUGGUGGCCUGUGCAGAUAGUAAUGGGCAAAUCACAAUGUCAAGAGAAGAGACCACGAAUUGGUUAGGAAAUUAUGCAAUGAAGUUUUAUGGUAGCCCAGAUUUGAGCAAUUGUUAUGCACAGGUUUCAAGCAGUGAUCAGAGUUCAAAUGGUUGUAAUAUAGCAGCUGGUCCUGCCCAGAAGCUCAGACUAAUGUUUAGCAUGUUUGACAUGGAAAUUUAUUCUGUGGAUUCUUUGCUAUCCCAGCCUGCUCAGCCUAUGUCUUUUUGCCCGAAGUCCCCAAAUCCAGUCCCUGCACCUGUAAUUCCUGUAAGGCCACCCGCUCCUGUAUCGCCUGUACUGCCGCCUCCACCGUUCAAGCUUCCACCGAUGCCCAAACUGCCACCACUGCCUCCAUUGCCUCCAAUGCCACCAUUUCCUUUCCUGGAAGUAUCAGCAUGUACUCACCAGAACUGGACAAUGCUAGAAUACAAAUGCUACUGGAGGGCAGUGAACCCAGACAUGAAGGUAGCAGUUGUUUUUGGUUUGCUAGCAGCUAGAAGAUAUGGCACAGACAUGACAUUAUGGGAAGGGCUGCAAGGGAGAGGUGACCCCUACAAGACUCUCCUGAGGGAAGGGACAACUGCACUCCUCAAUUCUUACAACAGUCUUGAAUUUCCUUAUAAUUCAAUUAGUGUUGUUACCCAUAUGAAUUGGGCCUUAAUGGGUUCUCAAAGGAGUGUUCUCCUCACUGCUCUUAGGUUCAUUAGGGCCAACUCUGGUUCUGGCCGUGCCACCUGCAAAUUCACCCCCUGCAAGUGAUUCAUUUUAGCAUUUUAUUAAUCCUUUGGGGAUGAUAUUUAUUACAUAUCUAUAGUUAUAUUAUGAGUUUGAUUCUAUCUAUUACUUACUGAAUAUUACAUGUAUUAAGUUUACUAAUAAAUUGUUGUUUUUGUUUUUGUU